UCUUCUCUGUUCGGCCUCGGGGCCCGUGAGGUGUCCUUAUGGCGGCCAUCUACUCCGGGGUUCACCUGAAGCUGAAGAGCUCCAGGACUCCCUGGGAGGAUAAGCUGAAGCUCGCUCGCUUCGCGUGGGUCUCCCACCAGUGCUUUCUCCCCAACAAGGAGCAGGUAUUACUUGAUUGGGUAAGCCAUACAUUGGUUUCAUACUACAAUAAGAAACUUGAACUGGAGGACGAAGUUGUUGAGAAGCUUUGGGCAUAUCUAGACAAUGUUAUCCGUAGUAGAAGGCUACAGAAUCUUUUGAAGAGUGGGAAGACAAUCACUCUCAGCUUUUCAAUUGCACAGGUCAUAAAUGAAAGGUUAUCGGAGGCCUGCUCUCAAAGAAACCAGCAAAACAUUGGCUCGGUGCUGAGUUGCUCCAGCGGCAUCCUUUCUACUCCUUCACUCUCCAUCAUUUACACAGCAAAGAGUGAGCUCUUAGUUGACCUCCUCAGCAAGCUCUCUGAGCUGGCAUGUCAGCAGCUGGCUUCGGAAGAUGCUGUGAGCUCCCAGUUGUUCAGCAUCCUCCACCUUACCUUUAUACAGUAUCUCCUGAUCCAGAGGCAGCAAACCAACCCAAACCGUGUGUUUGGGCAGGUGACAAGCCAUUUGUUCCAGCCAUGUCUGCUACUGAGGCACUUGCUGACCACACGGAGCUGGACGCAGUCAGAUGACAACCACGUGCGUCAGUACUUGAGCAGGGAAAUCCGAAAUCAAAUAGAGACAUUGCUGCAGGCUGGAUUAUUCCAGCCUGAGCUCUUCUCGUCCUACAAAGAGGAGUUGCUGCCAGAACGGGAACCUCAGGAGAAGAAGAAAGGAGCUUUGAAAAAUCUCUUGCUUCCAGUAAACACUGUGCAGACCAAGUUGAGCAGUGGCUUUUGUGAACCUGCCAUUCAUGGACCAGUUGUGGCUAGUGCAGUAUCCCUGCUAUAUAAACUCUUUCUGGACUCAUACUGCAAGGCAGAAAACCACCUUGUGUGUUUCCACAUGCUUACCAGGCUUUUUGACUGUCUCAGGCUCUCUGGCCUACAGCACAGUGUGGGGGAGGACACGCUUUCCCCUGCAGACUGGAGCACAGAGCUCCUUGCUUUGGAACAGCUUCUGAACUUGGUGCUUAACAGUGAUAUCUAUAACAUUGCUAGUGACCGCAUACGGCACAAGGAGGUACAGUUUGGGUUUUACUGCAAGCUGGCGCAGAUGUUGUUGAGUCAUUCCCAAGCUUCCAUCCCAGCUUGGUUCAGGUGCCUCAAAGUCUUACUGUCAUUAAACCACCUUAUAAUAGAGCCUGACCUGCUUGAUUUAGUGGCCUCUGCUUGGGUUGAUGCAAAGGUGUCUGAGCUACGUGCAAAGAAGCCCCAGGAGGCUCUCAUCAACACCAUCUUUCAGACAUACUCCAAGCUGCGGCAGUUCCCACGGCUUUUUGAGGAGGUUCUGACAGUCAUUUGCUGGCCAGCUGUCGAUGAGCUGAGGCUGCCUGUCUUGUCGGCUGGAUUGACAGUGAAACUUCGCGAGUGCCUCCUUGAGCUGCCACCCAACCAGAUUCUGGACAUUGUGUGUCUCUUAGUGGAGAAAUGCCAGCUCCUUAUUCCUGCAGUUGAAAGGUCUGUUGACAUGGCCUUGAAACUGAUGUCAUUGAGCUCAGUGCUGCACGCUUUUCUGUUCAACAUGAGGAGUUUAGAUGAUGCCACUCCUUCCCCUGUGGUUCUUCGUAUGCAGAAUCUGCUGGCCAAGAUGCAACAAGGAGUAAUUUGUCCACUGAUAGAGCUGCUGAAGGCUCCUAGGAGAGAGGAAGAGAAGCCAGACCUUUGGCUAAGAAAGGCCAGUGACUCUGCUCUCCUCCUUGUUUACACUUGGGUUGAGGUAGACACUUUGUUUAAUAUUAGCUGCUGUAAAUAUGUGUCUCCAUCAGCUGAAAUUGGUGGUGCUUCUGCUGCCUCUGCUGCAAAGCCCUGGGACACUUCAACUUUCAUUCCUGGUGUGGAGGAGCAGUGUUGGGAGAGAGUCAUGGAACUUGCAAGUAGUUUUACCUCCACUAGUAAAUACUGCUUAGAACUGCUUGCACUUCAGAAAAUGAAGAUGAUUUUAAUGCAGACUCAAGCUGAUGUACAGGCCUUGCAGCAAGCUGCAGCUUUCAUCAUAGAGUCUGGGAGAGCUAGCAUGAGCAGAGGAGAAUCUGAACCAUGGGAUGGAGAUAUCUGCACAAUAAAUGAUCUCACCUACCCCACAGCACACUGUCACCUUGUCAUCUCCAACCUGACUAUCCUGUUGCCAUAUAUUUCCCUGAAAAAUGUACAGGACAUUGCAGAUGUGCUUUUGGAGACAUUAGUAUUGACCAGAGCACAGGAAGCUGCCACAGACCAGGAACCUUCCAUCAGCAUUGGAAAGAUCUGUCUUAGUUUGAUGCACAGUUCCUUUCUCCCUGAGAUGAAGGUUCUGCAUUGUGCUUUUCUGACCAGCAUUAUUCAUCAGUUCACUAAGGUGCUGCCCUCUGCUGCUCAGGAUUCUGUAGAUCUACCACUUCUGCAGCUGUCUGCAGAUGAUAUCUCUUGGCAUGAAGAAAUCUUGGAUCCUUGCAAAACGACUGAUGCGUUGGAAGCACUGUCAGAAAACAACCAACCAAAAGAUGAGCCCAGUUUAUCUUGGAAAACUCUGGAGAAGGUUGCCCAGUGUGUAUUACUGUUAGCAAAAAAUUGUUCCCCUGUCAUUCUGAAGGAAAGUCAAGUAGAAAGCUGCCUGACUUUGCUGGAAAUUACUUCGCUUCUGAAACUGGACAGUCUUCUUCCCUCUGACUGUAUCCGGUGUUUUUUAUUGCUGCUGUCCCUGAUAGCCAAUACCAGGACUAGUACCUCCUGCAGCAAGCUGUUAUCACUGAAGUUUUUAAGUACCUGCUUUCAUCUCCUCAGAUGUCUGCAAGCUGGCAGGAAUGCCAACUCUGUUUUUAAAGUUUUUCACGCCAGUGAUAUUCUUGAGGCCAUCCUAACAUCCCAGCUUACAGCUAGUAAAUCCUUUGCAGAUACUUUGACUGUUCCUGUUUGGGCAGAAUAUCUCCAGGAAGCACAAGCGUCUUUGGAACACUUUCUUCAGAUGAUUGUUGAAAGAAGGCAAAGUGUGAAGCUUAACUUGGAAAAGUUUGUCUCUUUCCUCUCAAGCUGCAAGCCAGAUGUUGGUGCAGUGAAAAGCAAAUGCUGGAAAAACUGGAAUCCCGCAGCUGAGCAAUUAUUGCUUUUGUCAUUCACCACAUUGUGUCACGUCCUCACACUCUAUCUUCAGAAGCAACCAGAAAAGAAGCUGCAGUCUACAGACAUUCUGUCUGCUUUGUUGGAGCCAGUAGUUCAGCAGAUGGGAAAAGCUAUUGAGCAUGGUCUUCAGAGUAACGCCCUGAACCACCAUUUGCCUGUAGCAUUUAUACCAUCUGUCACGACUCUUCUCAAGGCAGAUUUGAGCCAUGCUGUCAGAAAGGGCUGGCAAAAGAAUCCUGUGGAGUCCUGUGCGUUUUUGGAUCAAUCACGUGUUAAACUGUACCAAAAGUUUUACUCUCAGAUACUGAGAGAGCUGCCCUCUGCAGGAGGUCAUCUGCAGUUCCUUCAGUCUGCCUUGCGGUUUUUAGCAGUCUUCUGCUCAGUACCAGAGCUGUAUCCUGGAAAAGAAAAUGCAGUCUCUGUUGUUGUUGCUAUCCAAAAGCUUCUCACUGGUCCUGUGAUCACAAUUCAGGUGAUUCAAAGUAUAGAGGUGGAGCUGACAGAGGUGGUUGUGCAGCUACUGGGGAACUGCUCUGCUGAAGAAUUUUAUGCCAUAAUGAGGCUGGUGCUGCAAGGACUUGAAAUGAGGAACGCUUGGCAACAGAAGACUAAAGAAGUAUUGUCAGCUAUUACGCUAAUCAAAUUGUUGCUCAGCUGCCCAUUAAGUGGAGACAAAGAGAAAGCUUUCUGGUUUGCCAGCCCACAGAUAAUCACAGCUUUAGCUCUGCAAACCAAAGAGGCCUGUCAGGACCAGUCACUGGCUUCCAACAUAGCUGUACCUAUUCUAAAGACUGCAGCAGCUCUGCUAAGGCAAGGAGAAGGGGUUCUCUUGAAUCCGCACCAUGUGGCGUUGGCAUUCAGCAUCCUCCUAACAGUCCCUCUGGAUCAUCUGAAGAUAGAAGACUAUGAGAAUGUAUUUCUGGGAGUCCAUGAAGUCCUGUUUUCUAUUGUGCAGUGUCAUCCAAAGGUGAUGUUGAAAGCUGCACCAUCUUUUCUGAACAGUUUUCAUCGUCUGGUUGCUUCUGUCAUGGUUGAAGGACGUCAGAGAGGGGACAGAGGCAACACAGAUGAAUUUGAAGUUAUACUGAAAUGUGCACACCUUGUGGAAAGGAUGUAUAGUCACAUUGCUGCAAAAACAGAGGAAUUCACUUUGUUUUCUGCUUUCAUUGUGGCUCAGUAUGUGACGGAAUUGCAGAAGGUGACUUUGCACCCGGCUGUGAAGAAACAUCUCACAGAGGGGAUAUAUCACAUACUUGACCUUUGCAUUGAUCAGGACAUCAAAUUUUUAAAUGCAUCGCUACCAGCAGGUGUAAGGGAGGUCUUCAAGGAUCUGUACAAUGAUUACAACCACUACCACAAAGCAAAAAAACAGGGAGAGGAGAAGUUCACUGCAUGAUGAAUUCUGUCCAGUGCCACGCAAUCAGCUAUGAAGUGAUCUUGCAGUGUGCAGAAAAUCCUUUUUUCUGUGACCAACCUUUGUAAGGGGAAAUGGGGAGGGAAAACAACCCUACUCUGUGCACGAGUGGCAGAACUGCUGCACCUAUGCAGGCCCCAUGUGAACCUGCUGGGAGAAUGCUGCAGACUGGCUGCAGAUGUCAGGUUUUGGGCUUUGACACAUCAUGUAACUUUUCUGUGGAAGCAAUAGUCAGGUGUUAAAGCCUACGAGGGCUAUAACUCAUAUAUACGGUAAGCAGAAUUAAAGCAGUUAGAAUACUUA